ACAUUAAAAUAGGCAAGCAAAAUCAUUGAGAUUUGUGAUAUUAUUAAUUACCCAUCUUGUUAUCAAAAUACAUUAUUUUAUUCAGCUUGUGAUAUACUAGUAUCAUUCAAUUCAAAUGUGAUUCUCAUUCAAUUCAAAAAUAUGAGGUGAUGUGAGGUGAGUGAGAGUGUGACUUUUCAAGUGUCAGAAUGAAUUUCAAUUUUUAGCCUGUCUUUCUGAAUCUUUAUACUGUGUGCACAUUUGCUUAUGUUACUGUCACUCAUUAAUACACCAAAACCAAAAUUUUAAAGCUUCUUAAGGUUCUUGUCUUGUUCCUUUAAUAAUAACCCAAUAGAUUCUUGUUUUUCAUUCAAUUGACAAUAUCCUUUUCCUUCUCUUUUGCCUCUAAGCUUUUUUGGUUCUCACUCAUUUUCUUUCUAGGGUGACUUUAAUUCUUGAAAAGUUAUAAUCUUUCUUGUCAUUUUGAAGAAUCCUUUGAGGGUAUUGGGUAUUCAUUUUUGUUUUCUGAUAGCUAAAAAGAGGCAUUUUUAAGGGAUAAUGUCAGCCAAGAAUAGAAAAUCUCUCUUCACUAACUUCUUUUCUUGAGUGUCUUUAAUUUUUGAAAAGUUCUAAUUUUUACUGGGAUUUUGAAGAAUCCUUUGUGGGUUGUCUUAUUGUAAGGGUAUUGGGUAUUAACUUUUGUUUUCUGAUAGCUAAAAAGAGGCAUUUUUAUAAGGGAUAGUGUUAGCCACGAAUAGAAAAUCUUCUUGACUACCUUUUUUGGGUUUCUAGUUUGAUUUUCUGGGGUGACUUUAGUUUUUGAAAAAGUUUUGAUUUUUCUUGGUACUUUGAAGGAUUCUUUUGUGGUUUGUCUUCUUGAGGAUAUUGGGUAUUCACUUUUGUUUUCUGAUAGCUAAAAAAGGCAUAUUCCUAAGGAUAAUGUCAGCCAAGAAUGGAAAACCUUCUUUAAUACCUUUUUGGGUUUAUGGAGGUAGAAAAAGGUAAUGUUUUUGUGAAAAGUUCAGUUCUUUUAGAAAGUUAUUUGACUAUAAAUACAGGAAAAGUAAAAUCUUUAGUAUAUUGAAGCUUUGAAGCUUGAAAUUCUUGUCAAUGGGAGAGAAAAAAGUAAUGGCUUUGUGAAAAGUUCAGUUCUUUUAGAAAGUUAUCUGACUAUAAGUAGAGGAAGUUGUAUUUUUGAGUAUAUUCUUGUGAAUGGGGGAGAAGAAGAAUAUGCCAGCAGUUUGGUUUUCUUUGAAGAGAUCCUUGCAUUGUAAAUCAGAGCCAUCAGAUGUUCAUGACCCAAAAACAAGAAAACAGUUGAGCACAAUUUUGACUAGUAAAAAAGGAGGAGCAAGGUCUGGUUGUUCAAGGUCCAUAGCAAAUCUCAAAGAUGUUAUCCAUGGUAGCAAAAGACACUUAGAAAAACCCCCAAGUUGUAGUCCAAGAUCUAUUGGUAGCAGUGAGUUUCUUAACCCAAUAACACAUGAAGUAAUCUUGAGUAAUUCAAGAUGUGAGUUGAAAAUCACUAGUAGUUUAAAUGGCCUUCAAGAAAGUACUAAUGGUGGCUCAACUUUUGUGGGUACUUUAAGGCCUGGUACCCCAGGUCCAGGAGGGCACCCUACAAUGCAUUAUUUCAAUUCUAGGAACACAGUGGCAACAACUCCUACAAGGAGGAGUGCAUCAGUUGGUGGCUCUGCUGGUUUUUGGGGAGGCCAUAGUUUUCCUGCUAAAACUAGGCAUUCACUUGACAAUGAUACUAAUGGAACUUCUUCUGGGGUCACAUGUCAUAAGUGUGGAGAGCAAUUUGGGAAAUGGGAAGAUCUUGAAGCACAUCAUCUUUCUAAGCAUGCUGCUUACAUCACAAGAUUGUACAUUUGCAGCUUCAAAGCCCAAUUCCUAGUGAGUGAACUUUUAGAGGGCGAUUCUUCAAGGAAGAUAGUAGAAAUAAUCUGUCGCUCGAGCUGGUUAAAAUCCGAGAACAGCGUUGGCCGGAUUGAAAGGGUCUUGAAAGUUCACAACACACAAAAAACUCUGGCUCGGUUUGAAGAAUAUAGGGAGAUGGUGAAGAUGAAAGCAAGUAAGCUCCCUAAGAAACAUCCCCGAUGUAUAGCUGAUGGCAAUGAACUUUUAAGGUUCUACGGAACUACUAUAGCAUGCGGACUUGGCAUGAACGGAUCCUGCAGCCUCUGUAUAUCCGAUAAAUGCUGUGUUUGUCGAAUUAUCAGAAAUGGUUUCUCCACGAAGAAGGAACUCAAAGGCGGGAUCGGUGUCUUCACGACAUCCACAAGUGGAAGAGCUUAUGAAUGUAUUGAGAUGACUGAAGACGACCCGUCCUUAAGAAAAGCGUUGAUCGUCUGCAGAGUAGUUGCAGGUCGAGUGCAUAGGCCAUUGGAGAAUAUUCAAGAAAUGGCUGGCCAAACGGGGUUUGAUUCUUUGGCUGGUAAGGUUGGCGUGUACUCAAACAUAGAGGAGCUGUACUUGCUUAAUCCAAAGGCACUUCUUCCUUGUUUUGUGGUAAUCUGCAAAGCCUAAGGAAAAGAAUAAGACAUGGUAGAAUUUUUAAAUUAGUAGUGAAAUUUGUCUUCGCGUAUAGGCAGCUUUUCGACAUGUUGUUCUGCAGGAAUUUUUGGUUCUUGAGGAGUCCAAAUUCUUCCUGCAAUUUCUGUUCUGUUAUUAACAAAAUUUGGCAAAUCUAGAUGAUCCAAAGUUUCAUUGAUUGGUUUUGUUCACUUUGUGUGGAGUGACUUGACUUUUCCUGUCUAUGGUUUUUGUUUUUUCAAACAUGCGUUGGUGUAACAGCGUGCAGUUCAUUGUACAUAUUAGUAUAGAUAACUAUAAAUUUGGGACCA